AUGGAAACUCAGACAAGUUUAGACUCGCUUAUUAAUCAAUGUCUUAUUGCUGAUACUCUUAACUUCUUUUCAUUAUUUCAUCAAAUAUGUUUUCAGGUUAAUCAAAGACAUUUUGAAACAAUACAUGAACAAGCACUUUUAUAUAAUAAAUUAUUUGAUGUAUUUCCUUUAUUAUUAAAACAAACAUUGUCUUUAUUAACUUCAAAUUCAGGUCAAGGAAUUCCUGAUAUAUUAAUUUCUACAUUAAGAUUAAUAAGAACAUUUCCUUUUAAUUCAAUUGUAUCAGAUAUUACUAGUGAUUUACUUCAUGAAAUUGUACAAUAUUAUUUAAGUCAAGUAGAUUCUCUUCAUCAAUUAAAUGUUAUUACUCAACUUUUAAUUCCUUUUUAUUCUCCUAAUUUUAAUCAACAAAUUGCUUUAUUAUAUUUUAAAAAAUAUAUUCCUCAAUUACCUCAUUUAAUUAUUUCUACUUCUUUAAUUCCUCAGUUUGUUGAUUUUCAAGAAAUUUGUCAUUCAAAUAAAUUAUUAGCUAACUACUGUGUUUCUAAAAUCAUUGAACUCUUUAAAUUUGAUAAGAAUACUAAUAGUAAAGUCUUUCUUAUAUCUUUAAUGAAUUCAAUGAAAAACCUUUGUAUUAUUGAUGGUAGUCUUCAACUUUGUAAAAUGUGUUUUGAAAUUGCAUUCCAAUCAAUUCAUAUUGUUUUACUCUCUGAUUUUCUUCAAUUUUUACAACAAGAAAAUCUUCCUGAUAAUUGUUUUCAUUCAGAACAAUGGGAUUUAAUUUCACUUUCUUCUCCUUCUUUUAUUCCUUUACCUCCUGAGUAUAUUGGUAAAAUCCCAAUUCAAAUCAUUAAAACAAUUGCACAACAUUAUGGUGAACAAUUAUUAAUUGAAUAUGAAAAUGGUUUAGCUUCAAAACUAUUGCAUUGUGGUUUAGACGAAUUACAAGCACUUAAUCAUGUUUAUCAAUUUCUUCAAAAAAAUGUGUUUGGAGAAGAUUGUCCUGGUCAAGUAAUGUUUAAUGACGUUCAAAAAUCUUUGGCAGAAAUGAAAAAAACAAAAACAUUCAAUACAUUAAUUAUAUCUCCAGCUUAUUGGCCUGAAUUAAACUCAAUUAAAUAUACUGACCUUGAAGAAAUUAAAGAAAAGAAAAAAGAAGUCAUUCGUAAUUAUAAGUCAAAUCAUCCUAAACAAAUAUUAACUUUUCAACAAGCAGGUGUUGUUAAAUUAAAUUAUACUAACUUAAAAGGAGUUGUUACUUAUCAUGUCGUCACUCCACUUCAAGCUACAGUUUUGAUAACAAUCACAAAAGAAGAAAACGGUAUAUUAUUAAAUGAAUUAGAACAUAAAUUAGGUCUUAAUGAAACUAUGACAAGCAAUAUAGUUAUGUAUUGGUUAGAACAACGUGUAAUAAGUGCCUCUGAUUAUAUGGGGAGUAUCUUAUUACACAAAGAAUAA